CACCCGUCGUUCGGUUCACCGCGACCGGACCAGCAGAACCCAAACAAACGGGUCCGCUACACCGGCGACGCAGCAAUAACCCGCUCCCGGCGAGGCCAACCACAACGACCCUGCCUCCAAUGGCGUGCGCGUGCGCGUGCUCCCCCGAACCCCCGCUCAUCGCAAGCGCGUGAUUCAUUCCGCGCAACCUCCACUCCACGGCGUUGGUGCGGUGUUGCCUCCCCAGUCAGUCCGCCUCUCCGCCCUUUGUCUCUCUCGUGUUGUUUAUUCUUGCGCCCCUAGACGGCAGGAGGAGGAGGAGGAGAGCGCCGUCCAACUCCCAGCCAGCGCCGGCCAGCUCCUUCCUCGCCGCCGUUCCGUGGGUGAUUCCCGGAGCCUGAGUUGCCGAGGUGCAGGUCCGGUUCGUCUUCUCCCCGGGGCUUCUUCUCCUGGUUGAACCUCAGUAAGUUGAAGACAACAUGUUUCGUAGGAAGCACACUUCUCAUUUCAAUUCAGAUGAUGCUGAGCAGCGACAAGCAAAGAUCAACGAACUGAGAGCUGCACUUGGGCCUGCGUCUGCCCGUGGCGACAAGUACUGCAGUGAAGCAUGCUUGGCUAGGUAUCUCGAAGCCCGCAACUGGAAUGUUGACAAGUCUAGGAAAAUGUUGGAAGAAAGUCUCAAGUGGAGGGCAGCUAGCAAGCCUGAGGAUAUUCGCUGGCCUGAUGUUUCUGUGGAAGCAGAAACAGGUAAAAUGUACAGGGCAACUUUCACAGAUAGAGAGGGGAGAACUGUCGUUAUUAUGAGACCUGCAAAGCAGAAUACAUCGUCUCAUGAAGGGCAGCUUCGGUAUCUUAUAUAUACCUUGGAGAAUGCAGUUCUCAGCCUGCCUCAGGGUCUAGACAAAAUGGUGUGGUUGAUAGACUUCACAGGAUGGACGCUGGCCAAUGCAACCCCCAUAAAGACUGCCAGAGACAGUGCAAAUAUCCUGCAAAACCAUUACCCUGAGAGGCUUUCAGUUGCGUUUUUGUUCAACCCCCCAAAAGUAUUUGAGGCUUUCUUUAAGGUUAUAAAAGUAUUCCUUGACCCGAAAUCAAUCCAGAAAGUCAACUUUGUUUACAAGGACAACGAGGAAAGUAUGAAGACCAUGUACAAGCACAUUGAUCCAGAAGUCCUUCCGGUGGAGUUUGGAGGGAAGAACAUUGUGGUGUACAACCAUGAGGAUUACUCUAAGUUGAUGACAAAGGAUGACACCAAAACAACAAGCUUUUGGGCAGCAGAUGGUAGCCAUGCCGUAAACGGGGGCUCGGUGCCUCAGGUCAUACCGCAGUCGUCACCGAUUGUUGCUAAAGCAAGUUGAGGAACAUCAGCGAGCCAAUGUGACGGUUCACAGCUCUAAAAGAGGAAUAUAUAUAUAUCGAUACGUUGAGGAUGCUUGGAUAAAUAAAUGUAACUGCAAUAUCUUGCAUGUGAUGUUACAAAAAUAGUUAUUACUAGUAUAUCCCCAAACAAGUGAUCUCACAACAGUUCCAUAUUCCGUUGGCCAAUAAUUUGAAACACUAAAGAAUAAUUCACUUAUUA